AGGAGAGGGGAGACGGGCCCCUCCCACCUCUAGUAUAAAGGCUCCCGUCUGCCGUGUACAGACUAUUAGCCCAGUGUCACAGCUGCCUUUCAGCACCAACAGCAACUUCAACAAGCCUGUGGAAUACUCACUCCAAGCUCUCUCUGCGAACAGCUUACCCAUCCAAGUGAAUGAUUCAAGGAUUUCAGGCAGGAGACAAAAUGAAACUGAUCUUUCAGUCCUUCCUCUGUAGCUGUCUGCUGGCCACAGUCGCGCACAGCGUGGAAUUUGAAAUGAGCCCCGAGUUGAAAAAAAGGUUAAGUGUGUGGAUGCAGAGCAGAUUGAGAAGGGAUCUCAACAGCGUCUCUGAGAGGAGAGCAGAGUCCGGGCAGUUUGUCAGACCGGAGGACUUCAGGGACACGCUGACUCCGCAUUCCAGCACUGACUUCAGCGUCAGAACCAAGCGGUCCAAGAACUCCGUCAACCAGUACAGGAGGCCAGGCUGUUCCCUGGGUACGUGCACGGUCCAUGACUUGGCUCACCGCCUGCACCAGCUCAACAACAAGCUGAACAUCGGCAGCGCCCCCAUGGACAAGAUCAGCCCCCAGGGCUACGGGCGCAGACGCCGCUCCCUGCCCAAGCGCAGGGCCACGUUGAGGCUGGAGGGAGGCAGGCUGAGGCCCACAUGGAGCAGCACCUCGCGGGCGCACAAGCUGGAGGCUCUCCUCCGACGGACCUGAGCAGGACUAGCCGGGUCGUGGCGGGGAGGGGGGGUUGGGGGGGGGGGGGAGGGAGGGGGGAGGAAAGAGGAGGAGGAAGAGCGAGGGCCGAGUCUCCUCUCUCUCUCUUUCUCCGUCUGUCCGGCCCGCUCGAAGAUUGUCCACGUGCCUCAGACUCCUGCCAAGAGUCCUCCAGAGCGUUCUUUUCCAGACGCGAGGGGACUGGGGUUGGGGGUGGGGGGCGGGGGAGGGGGGUUCUGUGUGAGAGCGAGACUGAGAACAGCAGCGCUGCAGAGCUUCUCCCUGAGAGUCGGCCGGAGAGGAGGAGGCUCCGGGGAAGAGGUGCCGUCGGCGAUGCGCAGCGUGAAAACAGCAGCAGCUGGUCUACAGGCACUGGAUGGCACCACAGAGAGACUGUAGCUUCAGAGGAUGCUCCUCUGCUGUGUGUCUCUGUCUGCCCGGUGCUGUGAUAGGAACAGGGCUCAUAUCUGGUUGAGUGGAGACCCCACUGGCUGGAAGCGGGGGGUGAUUCCACCCUGCCUUAAACAGACUGGGACAUGCCCACCAUACAUGCCUCUUCUGCAAAUCAAAGACUAUAGUUACUCUUGAAGGAUUAAAAGAUUUAACCACACCAUGCCAUGUGUAUAUAUACAUAUAUAAAUAUAUACUAGUCCGCACUUUUCCAUUUGGACUUCAAGUCAUCUAAAUGAGCAGCAAAAGACCUCUGACUCACAAUGCCAAACAAAGAGAUGGACUUAAUGAUGCAAUGAAGCUGUUUUUGGACACUGUAUGAGGGAAAAAGCUUUAAAUUUGAUGAUAUGUCUGUGCCAGUCCACAAUGGAUUAAACUAUACUUGAAUAUUUUUGUGCAAUCUAUAUAUUUUUUAUUGCCAGUAUAUGUGUAUAUAUGUUCAAACAAGAUAUCUAUUUAAAAUAUUAUAUAGAGGUUACAUUCAAAUACUUAUGGAGAUUAAAAAAAACUAUUUUUAUACUAGAAGAAAAAGUAAGGGCAUUAUAGCUACUUGUUGUUUCCACUAUUCUUUCGCAUCAUGGAUAUUAUUGUGUCAAACUGUGGUAAUAGGAGAACUGUUUUUUUAUAGCUAUAUGGUAUAAUAUAUUUGUAAAUGUGGUCUAUUUUAUUGGUGUCAAAGCAAUUAACAUUGUCAUACAAUAAACAUUUUGCAUAUGAAAAA